CUUCCUGCGAAUAAAACUGACCCCCGACGCUUUUACUUUCAGUCGCUCCUUUGAAAUGGCGGAAGCUUCAUAAACUAUUUUGCCUUUGGGUUAUGUAGACGAGUUUGUAACUGAAGUUGAAAGAGAUUUGGAGUGUUCAAUUUGUGAUCUUCCACUUAAGGAACCUGUUCUCACCAGAUGUGGACACCGAUUCUGCAAAGAAUGCCUCGAGGAGAAUUUUAGAAGUCGCUCCUUUAAAAUGGCGGAAGCUUCAAAAACUAUUUUGCCUUUGGGUUAUGUAGACGAGUUUGUAACUGAAGUUGAAAGAGAUUUGGAGUGUUCAAUCUGUCACUUUCCACUUAAGGACCCUGUUCUCACCAGAUGUGGACACCGAUUCUGCAAAGAAUGCCUCGAGGAGAAUUUUAGAUGGCAGGAGGCUGAUGAAAAACCCUUCACUUGCCCGGAGGACAGAGGAACUCUGGACAGAAAGCAGGAUGUUUUUCCAGACAAAGCAACGGAAAGGAAGAUUCUUUCGUUUGCAAUCAAAUGUCCAAGUGAUGGAUGCGAGUGGACUGGGGAACUAAGAAAUAAAGAGACUCACUUGAAUAAUUGCUUGUUCAAAGUCAUACCCUGUACAAAUGAGAACUGUCUCGAGGAAGUACAACGACAACAACACAAGCAACACGUGACUGCCACAUGUCAGUGGAGAAUUCUCAAAUGCAGUUACUGUAGUGAGCCACACCCAGAGUGUCAAAUGCAGGAUCACAUUCGAAGGUGUCUCAAGCUCCCAGUAACUUGUCCAAACAGUUGUGGUCUUAAAAUUUCCAGGGAAAUGAUCCCGAGUCACAUCAAAGAGGAAUGUUUACUCGCCAUAGUCUGCUGUCCUUAUGUUCAGAUGGGAUGCGAAACAAAGAAUCUCACCUCCAGUCUGCGGUAGGAAUCCAUCUUGGCUUAACUGUUGUUAAGUUAAAUGAGGCAAAUGAAAAUUUAGGUAGAACGCAGUCGAAAUUGGACGAAACUGAAACUAAAUUGAGUACCACAAAUAGCCAAUUGCUUGAAACAAAGAAAAAGACAGAUGAUUUAAAGAAGGAAGUCGAGACACUGCAAAAACAGUUUAAAGAGAAAGCAGUCAAAGAUCAAGAAAAUGCAAUGAAAGAGCAAAUAGUGAUGGGGAAAAGUGAAUCUCCUGGUUUUUCUUCUGUAUACAUUUGGAAGAUUGACGAGUUCAGUAAACUUAUGAGGGAGGCCGAGGCCAAUGAGGAGAUGGUUGUAGAUAGUGCUUCAUUCUACACAGAGAACCAUGGAUAUAAGCUGAAAGUGAUGAUAUAUGCAUUUUUCGACCGUCAAGCAGAGCAUGUCCUCCCCGGGGACAUUUUUGUAAUGAAAGGUCAAUAUGACGCCAUAUUACCCUGGCCUUUCAACAGGAAAAUAAAGUUUACUAUUAUGAAUCAACAGGAAGAUCUGGAUGAAAGGGAUAACAUUAUCGCAGUGUUCAUACCAGACAGUGACCGAAAGUGCUAUGCAAGGCCUAAAAACGAAGAGAACAUAGGACAUGGAGAACGAUUAUUUAUAUCACAAACACAACUCGAAUCUAGGCGCUACGUUGUGGAUGACACUCUUUUCACUCAAGUUGAGGUCGACUCACCUAGGAACCUUCGUUUUGGAAAACUUUCAAACUGA